CUGAAUAGUUAAGACCUCUUAUCUGAAUUGAUCAGACAUUUGCCUCUGAAUAGUUAAGCAAUAUACUAGCUCUUAAUGGUUCAGACCUCUUACUGGUUCAGCACUUAAUGGUUCAGACCUCUUACUGAAGAAUCACAAGAAAAACCCAUAGCUUUUCACAUCCCAAGGGAAAAUUAAAAUGGAGAGAAUAAACUCGAAACUGUAUCUGGAGAACUGUUACAUAAUGGCGGAGAAUGAGCGGCUGAGGAAGAAAGCGGAGCUCCUGAACCAAGAAAAUCAAGAACUGCUGAAGGAGCUGAAGCACAGGCUUGCCGCGGGCCCCACUAAUGGGAGUGGAAAGGCCAUUUCCAGAGGCAAGGAUUCCAAUUCUNCCCCCCUUCAAGGAUUCAUCCCCAAAGCAAUGAUGAGAGACAAUGGUGGAUAUGAGAGGGUGUCACAUUUAUGGAUCUCAAAGUGCAAAAAACUACUCCGGAUAAAGGGAAAUGGACACCCGUUAUGAUCAUGGUGGACUCGAGGGUCACGUUGGUCCCAAAUGAAUGAAUCUCGAGUGUUUUUCUUGAGCAUAUUUGAACCAUAUGAAUGAAUCUCGAGUGUUUUU